CCUUCUCCUCCUCCUCCCGCUCCUGCGCUCGGCGCGCCGGGGGCGGCUGCAAAGUUGGGCGUGUGCUGGGGAGUUUUUGGAGCGAAUUUUGGGGCAAGUUUGGGAUCGCGUUUGGGAGCCAGGACCGGAGCAUGGCUGAGCUGCCCGGGGCGCCCGGCCCGCGGCUCCAGCGCGGGGCUACGGCGGGCGAGGGGCCGCGCUGAGCGAACCCCCCGAGCCCCCUGAGACCCCCGGGAGCCCCGAACCCGCCGGCAUGGCCCGCUGGAUCCCCACCAAGCGCGAGAAGUACGGGGUCGCCAUCUACAACUACGAGGCCGCGCAGGACGUGGAGCUGUCCCUGCAGGUGGGGGACACCGUUCACAUCCUGGAGAUGUAUGAAGGCUGGUACCGAGGAUACACACUGCGAAAUAAAUCCAAGAAGGGCAUUUUCCCAGAAACUUAUAUCCAUUUAAAAGAGGCCAUCGUGAAGGACCGGGGGCAACACGAAACAGUGAUUCCCAGUGAGCUGCCCCUUGGCCAGGAGCUCACCUCCACGCUGAGGGAGUGGGCAGUGAUCUGGCACAAGCUGUACGUGAACAACAAGACCACUCAGUUCAGGCACGUGCAGCAGCUCACCUACAGCCUGAUAGAGUGGAGAUCCCAAAUCCUCUCUGGGACCCUGCCCAAGGAUGAACUGGCUGAGCUCAAGAAGAAAGUCACUGCCAAGAUUGACUAUGGCAACAGGAUCCUGGGCCUGGACCUGGUUGUCCGAGAUGACAACGGGAACAUCCUGGACCCCGAUGAAACCAGCACCAUCUCCCUCUUCAAGGCCCACGAAACUGCAUCCAAGAGGAUUGAUGAGAGGAUCCAGGAGGAGAAGUCCCUGCAGCAGAGUUUGGACCUCCGGGGGCAGCCAGUAUUCAACUCCACACACACGUACAGCCUCUAUGUGAACUUCAAGAACUUUGUCUGCAACAUUGGGGAAGAUGCAGAGCUGCUGAUGAGCCUCUACGACCCUGAUCUCUCCAAAUUCAUCAGUGAAAAUUACCUGGUUCGUUGGGGCAGCAAUGGGAUGCCUAAAGAAAUUGAGAAACUGAAUAACCUCCAAGCAGUGUUUACUGACUUGAGCAGUUCUGACCUGAUCAGGCCCAGGAUCAGCCUGGUGUGCCAGAUCGUGCGGGUGGGGCACAUGGAGCUGAAGGACGGCAAGAAGCACACCUGCGGGCUCCGCAGGCCCUUCGGCGUGGCAGUGAUGGACAUCACUGACAUCAUCCAUGGCAAGGUGGACGACGAGGAAAAGCAGCAUUUUAUCCCCUUCCAGCAGAUUGCCAUGGAGACCUACAUCAGGCAGCGCCAGCUCAUCAUGUCCCCCCUGAUCACCUCCCACGUCAUCGGCGAGAACGAGCCCCUCACGUCUGUCUUCAACAAAGUCAUCGCUGCCAAGGAGGUCAACCACAAAGGCCAAGGUCUCUGGGUCUCUCUGAAGCUGCUCCCUGGGGAUCUGGCUCAGGUUCAGAAGGAUUUUUCCCACCUCGUAGACAGAUCCACUGCAGUGGCUCGAAAAAUGGGGUUCCCUGAGAUCAUCCUUCCUGGUGAUGUUCGGAAUGACAUCUACGUCACCCUGAUCCAGGGGGAGUUUGACAAAGGCAAGAAGAAAACCCCCAAGAACGUUGAGGUCACCAUGUCUGUGCACGACGAGGACGGGAACCUGCAGGAGAAAGCCAUCCACCCUGGUGCUGGCUACGAGGGAGUCUCUGAGUACAAGUCUGUGGUGUAUUACCAAGUCAAGCAGCCCUGCUGGUACGAGACCGUCAAGGUGGCCAUUGCCAUAGAGGAAGUCAGUCGCUGCCACCUGAGGUUCACGUUCCGUCACCGCUCGUCCCAGGAGUCCAGGGACAGGUCUGAGAGGGCUUUUGGCGUGGGCUUUGUGAAGCUGAUGAACACAGAUGGAACGACACUGCAGGAUGGCAAACACAAUUUGAUUGUGUACAAGGGUGACAACAAGAAAAUGGAAGAUGCCAAGAGUUAUUUGACCCUUCCUUGCACCAAAACGGAGAUGGAGGAGAAGGAGGCUCCUUCAGGGAAAAACCUGCACCCUCUGGCCAACUUCACCCCCACCAAGGACAGCACAAAGGACAGCUUCCAGAUUGCCACGGUCAUCUGCUCCACCAAACUCACCCAGAACGUUGACCUGCUGGGAUUGCUGAACUGGCGCUCCAACUCCCACAACAUCGCCCACAACCUCAGGAAGCUCAUGGAGGUGGAAGGAGGAGAAAUUGUGAAGUUUUUGCCAGACACCCUCGAUGCACUUUUCAACAUCAUGAUGGAAAUGUCAGAAAAUGAAACCUAUGAUUUCCUGGUGUUCGAUGCCCUGGUAUUUAUUAUUUCUUUGAUUGGAGACAUCAAGUUCCAGCAUUUCAAUGCUGUGCUUGAGACUUACAUCUACAAACACUUCAGUGCAACCUUGGCCUAUGUGAAACUCACCAAAGUCCUGAACUGCUACGUGGGGAAUGCUGAAGACUCCAGCAAGACAGAGCUGCUCUUUGCAGCCCUGAAAGCCCUGAAAUACCUGUUCAGGUUCAUUGUGCAGUCGCGGGUGCUGUACCUGAGUGUUUAUGGGAAAAGCGAGGAUGGGAAUGAAUUCAAUGAUGCAAUUCGCCAGCUCUUCCUCUCCUUCAACGUCCUCAUGGACCGGCCCCUGGAGGAGGCUGUCAAGAUCAAGGGGGCAGCUUUAAAGUAUUUGCCAAGCAUCAUAAAUGAUGUCAAACUGGUAUUUGACCCUGUUGAGCUCAGUGUCCUCUUCAGCAAGUUCAUCCAGAGCAUUCCUGACAACCAGCUGGUCCGGCAGAAGCUGAACUGCCUGACCAAGAUCGUGGAGAGUGACCUGUUCAAGCAGGCUGAGUGCAGAGAUGCCCUCCUGCCCCUGCUCAUCGAUCAGCUGAGUGGGCAGCUGGAUGACAACUCCAGCAAGCCCGACCACGAGGCCAGCUCCCAGCUCCUGAGCAGUGUCCUGGAAGUCCUGGACCGCAAAGAUGUGGGUGCCACUGCUCUGCACAUCCAGCUGAUGAUGGAGCGGCUGCUGCGCCGGAUCAACCGCACGGUGAUCGGGAUGAGCCGCCAGUCCCCGCACAUCGGUAUUUUUGUGGCCUGCAUGACGGCCAUCCUGAGGCAGAUGGAGGAUUUCCAUUACAGCCAUUACAUCAACACUUUCAAAACCAGGCAGGACAUCAUUGACUUCCUGAUGGAAACGUUCAUUAUGUUCAAGGAUCUGAUUGGGAAGAACGUGUAUGCAGCUGACUGGAUGGUCAUGAACAUGAUGCAGAGCAGGGUUUUCCUCCGGGCAGUGAACCAAUUCACCUCCGUCCUCAACCGCUUCUUCCUGGAUCAAGCAAAUUUUGAACUCCAGCUCUGGAAUAACUAUUUCCACUUGGCAGUGGCUUUCCUCACUCACGAGUCCCUCCAGCUGGAGACCUUCUCCCAGGCCAAACGCAGCAAAAUCAUCAAGAAGUAUGGGGACAUGAGGAAAGAAAUUGGCUUCAAAAUCAGGGAUAUGUGGUAUAACCUGGGUCCCCACAAAAUAAAAUUCAUCCCAGCAAUGGUGGGGCCAAUCCUGGAGGUGACCCUGGUCCCAGAGCCUGAGCUGAGGAAAGCAACAAUUCCCAUCUUUUUUGACAUGAUGCAGUGUGAGUUCAACUUCAGUGGCAACAGGAACUUCCACAAGUUUGAAAACGAGCUGAUCACCAAGCUGGACCAGGAGGUGGAGGGGGGCCGAGGGGAUGAGCAGUACAAGAUCCUGCUGGAGAAACUGCUCCUGGAGCACUGCAGGAAGCACAAGUACCUGGCAGCCUCGGGAGAGGUGUUUGCCCUGCUGGUCAGCAGCCUCCUGGAGAACCUGCUGGACUACAGGACCAUCAUGCAUGACGAGAGCAAGGAGAACCGCAUGAGCUGCACUGUCAACGUGCUGAAUUUUUACAAGGAGAAGAAGCGAGAGGACAUUUACAUCAGGUACCUGUACAAACUCAGGGACCUGCACACAGACUGUGAGAACUUCACAGAGGCCGCCUACACCCUGCUCCUGCAUGCAGAGCUGCUCCAGUGGUCAGAGGAGCCCUGUGUCCCUCACCUGCUGCAGAGGGACACCUACUACGUGUACUCCCAGCAGGAGCUCAAGGAGAAGCUCUACCAGGAGAUCAUCUCCUUCUUUGACAGGGGCAAAAUGUGGGAAAAAGCCAUUCAGCUGAGCAAGGAGCUGGCUGACAUGUAUGAAAACAAGAUCUUUGACUACGAGGGACUUGGGAAUCUCCUGAAAAAAAGAGCUACUUUUUAUGAGAAUAUCAUGAAGGCCAUGAGACCUCAGCCCGAGUACUUUGCUGUUGGAUACUAUGGACAGGGUUUUCCCUCUUUCCUGCGGAAUAAGAUUUUCAUCUACCGUGGCAAGGAGUACGAGCGGAGGGAGGACUUUAACCUGAAGCUGCUGACCCAGUUCCCCAGUGCUGAGAAGAUGACCAGCACUGCCCCUCCAGCAGAGGAGAUCAAGGCUUCCCCCAAACAGUAUGUGCAGUGCUUCAUUGUGAAGCCUGUGAUGAACCUGCCACUGAAUUACAAAGAUAAACCUGUUCCUGAACAGAUCUUAAACUACUACAGAGCCAACGAGGUGCAGCAAUUCACCCACUCCAGGCCUGUCAGGAAAGGAGAGAAAGAUCCAGACAACGAGUUUGCUAACAUGUGGAUAGAAAGGACAACCUACACAACAGCUUAUUCAUUUCCAGGCAUCCUCAAGUGGUUCGAGGUCAAACAGGUCACAACGGAGGAGAUCAGCCCCCUGGAGAAUGCCAUAGAGACCAUGGAGCUCACCAACGAAAAGAUCACCAACAUUGUCCAGCAGCACAUCUGGGACCGGAGCCUGCCCGUGCACCCCCUGUCCAUGCUGCUCAACGGCAUCGUGGACCCCGCGGUCAUGGGGGGCUACACCAACUAUGAGAAGGCCUUCUUCACAGAGAAAUAUCUCCAGGAACAUCCUGAAGAUCAAGACAAAAUCGAGCUGCUCAAGCAACAAAUCGCUAUUCAGAUGCCUCUCCUGGCAGAGGGGAUCCGGAUCCACGGCGAGAAGCUGACGGAGCAGCUGAAGCCCCUGCACGAGAGGCUCACAGCCUGCUUCAGGGAGCUCAGGAGGAAGGUGGAGAAGCAGUACGGGGUCAUCACUUUGCCCCCGGCGCUGACCGAGAGGAAGCCGAGCAGGUCGGGCUCGGUGGUGCUGCCCUACAUCAUGUCCUCCACCCUCAGGAGGCUCUCGGUCACCUCCGUGGCCUCGUCCGUGGCCUCCACCUCAUCCACCUCGUCCGACAGCGCUUCCUCCAGGCCGGGCUCGGAUGGAUCCACCCUGGAGCCUCUUUUGGAGCGGAGAAUAUCCACAUCUUCCAGAGCUGAGGAGCUGCCCAUGAAAGACGAGGGUGACAACAGGAUUAGCAAACUCAAGAGGAAGGAGUGGAGCAUUAGCAAGUCUCAGGUUAUUGUGGAGAAGGAGCCAGAGACAGAACUGACAUCCAAAAUGGGCCCGGCAGGGAAGGCACAGAGGCCCAAGAGUCUGCAGCUGGGAGACAACAGGCUGACCUUGCUGCAGGGCUCCUCGCUGCAGCAACCCACCCGCAGCCCUCCGCCCAUCACCCCCAAAACCCCCCGGACCCAGAGCUUCCCCUCCUUGCAGGCUGACGGACUGGCCACACCGCCCCCCCCUCCACCCAAAAGCAAACCCUACGAGAGCAGCACCCCCAGGAGCUCAGCGGAGGUUGCUCCGCCGCUGCCCAGCAGACGUGAGGCCAAACCUCCCCCUCCACCCCCAAAAACCAGGAAAUCCAGCGUGGUGUCCUCGGAGCAGGGGCUGCAGUGAGGAUUUGGGGUCCCAGCAAUGCCCAGCGUGCAGUGGCUGCUUUAUUUCCACGGACCCUGCAGCCUGGUGAUCUCCCCUGCCAUCCCAGCGCUUCCCAUGGAGCUGUGUCUUGGGAAAUGCCACAAAGGAACUUUGCUGGGGCUGGAUUCCCUCCCCUCUGCCUGUGCAGUACUGACACACUAAUCCAGACGUCUCCCUGCUGGAAUUCUUCUCUGUCCUGCUCUUGUCUGUCCCGAGUCGCUUCCCUGCUGCAAUCCCAGCAGCUCCUUCCCAGUGUAACUGGGAAUCCCGGGGCGCUCUCACUGGUGGUACCCCCCCAGGGCACUGGGGUUUCCUGCCUGGGUCAGGCUCUCUGCUCAGCUCGUGCCUGGUUUGGUGCAAGAUCUCAUUUUGUGCUUUUUAGUGGGGUGGAGAAAAUCUCUGCUGUGAAUGUUGGAGAUGACAGAGGCUGCACGGGUACCAGGGCUGGACUGGUACCCCCUGCACUGGUACCAGGGCUGGACUGGUGCUGCCUGCACUGGUACCAGGGCUUUACUGGUACCGCCUGCACUGGUACCAGGGCUUUACUGGUACCAGUUCCAUAAACAGCCUGUGGCCUGUUUAUUUAUCAUCAAUACUGAUGAAGAUUUUGCUUUCUCUUCCAGGAAAUAAUUUUGUUAAUUCUGUCAUUUUGCUUCUGAUUAUCUUGUAGAAGUUGGGAAGAGCCACUGAAACCCUGCAGAGGGUGUUGCUCAGAGCAGGAAAUACAGUUAUUGUUGGGCUGGGGGGUUGCAGGCCUUUAUUGUGCUCCCCUGACUGAAAUGGGUCUCUGACCUUACUGAAAACCCAAAGUUUGCUAAAUCUAAUGAGAAGUUUCCUCAGCAAAGGCUUUUUCAGGGAAAGCCAAACCCAGCCCAACAAAAAGCACCCCCAGGAGGGUUUUGUUCAGACUGAAGUUGUCAUUUUCUUUUGUCCUUCCCUAUUCUUUUGACACCAGUGUGACUCCAGGAGCUGCUGUGCUUCCUGCCCAGCUCUGGAGACAGAUUGCCCUCAUCCCAGAGUCAUCCCAGAUUCCCAUCACCUCCAGGUUGGAGCCGCUUUGGAGGUGGCACUGCAGUCACAUCCCAUCCAUCCCAGCCCGAUGGCUGCACACACUUCCAGCUGUCUCCAGGCUGCUGCUUCUCAGGGGAAAUCUUGGGAAUCUUCCUGGACACCCUGGCCAGGCUCCCCCCUCUCUGGGGCGUUGUAGGAUGUGUCAGCUCCUCGUUGUGUUCCUGGACACAAACACCCGCUUGAUUUGAAAACCGCUGGGGUUUUUGUCUUUGCAUUUCCUGGCCGCUGCCCUCCGGCUCAGGCCCGAGCCCAGAUCCCCGGAGCUGCUGGUGAACAGCAGCUUUUGUCUGGGUGAGAAUUCCGCUUCAGGCAGAGCAGCAGGAUGUGGUCUGAGUUGUCUGAAGGGCGUCUUAGCAGCACCUAUUGCUAAUUCAGUGCCUUCCAUCCGCCUCUUGCCUCAGUGCUGGGCGCUUUUCAGAGGCGGGGUUGGGUUUCACUCCCCUGCGUAAAUCAGCAGAACAGAGGAGGGGCAUCCCAGGGAAUGGUUUCCCUGGUGGAGGGCAAACAGACUGAGCUGCCAGGUUCAGGUGUUCUGGUUCCAAGUGACUUUGGAGUUCUCUUUUCCAGCCUUUUUGUUCUGCUUCAACAACCUUAACACGUGGAGGGACCUUGUGCAUCCAGGUUUUUUCCUGGAGAACGGAACCACUCCAUGCAAAAAGCCCUCACAGGAGGAGGCCUGGCCUUGGGAAGAAUUUUUCAGCUGAUCUUCAUCCACCUUUUUGCUCUUUAACUCGGGGAGAUUUGGCUCUGGCUGCAUUUUUUGCAGUUCCCAGACCAGGAUUUUGAGCAGAAUCACUUGGCAUGUCAGGGGUUAAUUAUCCCUCGCUUCCUUCCCUUCCUUGGACGGUGCCGGUGCCAGGGGUGAGAGCAGCUGCAGCUCUGCUCUGCCUGGAAACUGCUCCUCUCACCCUUAAACCAUCCCCUGCGUGUGCUGCUCACCAGCUCAGGCUUUGCCUCUCCCUCCCUGUGCUGCCCAGUUUGGGCACUGGGAUGGGCAACCCUCUGAACUGGGAGCUGGGGAACAGCUGACACAGAAGAGUUCAGAACAAGGUUUCAUUCCCAAGAUAUUUUGGGCAUUUUCACUGGCAGAUUUGCCCCAAAGGAAUCUAAAUUUGGUUCAUUUUUUUCCCCUUUCUCAGCAUUACUUAUGUCCUAAAGCUUGCAAACUUGUCCCACCCCUUCCUGUGUCCCCAGACUGGUGUCCAGCACUCUCACCUGAGCGUGGGCAGGGUCUGUUCUGGCUGACAAAAGUUGGCAUCGCUGGCUCAGAGUGUGCAAGAUGGAAGUUCUGUUCUGUGCCCAGAUGACUCUGGGUUUUGGGCCAGUUUUAGGGGAAAAAAAUCAUCCAAGUGUCAGAUUUGACACAUUUGAGUGUGGGAGUAAGAACAGGGCGUUUGACUGAUGCUAAAUCAGUGGAAUUAAGUGCCCACUCAUCGGACAAAUCCCACCACACCCCUGAUUUUUUCAGUGUUUGCUUUUGCUCGGGUACCUGCCUGACUUAAGUUGUGAGAUUUAAUUUUCAGAGACAAUUUAAAGUGUCCUCUGUUUCCUUUUUCAAACAAGAAUCAUCUCUUCAGGUUAAUUAGGUGCUUUUGGAAAUGUCUCUAAUUGUUUCAGACUGGAGGGUUAAAAAUGGGAAUGGGACAGUCCGUAAUGAUGAUCUCUGCACACCACAAAUUGCAGCAAUUUCUACCCAAUUCAUGGUUUUGAUUAAAAUCUCAGAGUUAAAACAUCCACUCUGCAGAGGAGACAAAACCUAAUCCCGUUUCAGAGCCAGGCUGUUCAAAGCUGCUGUGAAAUUUCGAGUCUUUGAGGAUUUCAUUUUUUCUCCUUUGGAGAAAUGUGCUCAACACUUGUUUUCUGGAGCUUUUAAUUAAAAUUUGUCAUGCUGUGAUAAAUUCCUUUAAAACUGCGACAGGCUCUAAUCCACAUCAGAGGCAGAGGGGAGCAGGCAGCUUUGCCUUUCAGUGGAUUAUUGGAUUAGGAAAGGACACAGAUUCCAGGGAGAGCAGCUCUGUGAUCUGCAGAGAGCUCCAGGAUGGAUGUGCAGAGGGUUUUUGGGAACCUGCAUCCCAGAAACUCCCCCUGCCAGCCCAGUGUUUGCUCCAGAGUCACACUCAGUUGGACCUGCAGUGACAACACCUCAGAUUUUCCUCUCCUUAUUUAUUUUUAUCCUUGUAAAUGGAAAUAAUAAGCUUAAAUCUGUAAUUUAACUAAUUUUUUUAUAUAGUGAAAACAUUCCUGACUUAUCUCUGCUACCUUCUUUUGAUUAUUUUUAUUUUUAAUUAAAAACUUUAUCCUGUUUUUACUGUUGCAGACCAAAUUCUCUGGUGGAUCAGGGUGAGCUUUCCCAAGGACUACAGCAGGGAGGAAAAAUAACAAAUAAUGUGAUUUUAUGGCUGUUCAAAAGCACGGGGUUCACCUGAUUCUGCUCUCCAAACAUUAAUUAAAGCACCUUUAGGGCAGUGUGGGCACUAAAGGGGGUACUCAAAGGUGGUUCACACCUUAACCUGUUUUUCAGGUCCCUGUGCUGCUGGUUGGUGUUUUCAGGCAGGGGUGGAAGCGCCUCAGCAGCUCCAGAGUCCACCCCAAUCAUUUCAUUCAUUGCUUCUCACUGUGCUACCCCACAGGUUUCAUCACUGUAAGCCCUGGGCCGUGUUCCUUGUGAAUUCAGGAGGAGUUGGGUGCUGUGGAAGGACUUUCUGUGUGUUCUGGGAUCGUGGGUUGGUGGUUUCAUUGCAAACCCACCUUUGCAGACUGCAAAUACAUUUUUUAUUUUAUUUUAUUUUCCCCCUCUUUUUUUUACUCCUCUGCAACCGAAUCAGUAAAAAAUACAGCUUUAAAGUGGCUCUGGAGAGAGCAGGAGCUUUGGGAAGGGCUCUGCAGCUCUCUGGGCAGAUGCCACGUGCAUCACUAAGUCUGUAAAGCGAGGUGUACACAUUUUCGUGGGUUUUUAAAAUGUAUUGACCAUUGUAAAGUUUGUAAAUUACAUUUUUAAAAUAAAUGUAGUUUUUAUGACUGAA